AUACUCUUCUUGCUUUUUGAUUUCCAGUUUCCUCAACGCUGACUUGCUGACUGCUCCUCCGAGCAAGCUACCCUCACUCCUCCUGCUGUCCGAGGAAUGCAUUUGUUAUGAGCACGCUGAACUAGUGGACUGUCGUGCCCGUGGGUUCGAGCACGUUCCCAGAGGCCUCCCACAUGGCACAUGGCUGCUGGAGCUGGGAGGAAACAAUUUGAGUGAGAUUGGCACCCGAGCCUUCACUGGACUGUGGUCCCUGCGGGUGCUGGUGCUCACCCACAGCCAGAUACAAGAAAUCCAACCACAGGCAUUUUUCUCGUUGUCCUUCCUGGAGAAGCUGGAUCUGAGCUGGAACCAGUUAAAAUCUCUCCCUGUCGACUUCUCCACCAGUCUGUCUGCUCUCAGAGAGCUUCGACUGGAGCACAACAACUUAUGUCAUAUAUCUGGAUACAGCUUGGAGUAUCUGGACAACAUGGAGAAGCUGGACCUCAGUCAUAACCAGUUGGUGUCGGUCGGCCCUGGUGUGUUUAGGGGCCUCUCCAGGCUCAGACAGCUUUACCUGCACAACAACAGACUGUCUGUGGUGCAGCAGGGGAGCCUGGAUAUGCUGCCUGGAUUAGAGGUGCUCCAGCUGAAUAAUAACAACAUCUCUCAGAUAGAGAGUGAUGCACUGGCUCCUCUCUACAGCCUGGCUGUUCUGGCUCUGGAGGGAAACAACCUGCGUCACCUCAAGUUUAAAACUUUCAUCAGCCUGCAUACAACAGCUACACACAUCCAGCUGUCAGGCAACCCAUGGAGCUGUGACUGUGAGCUGCAUCGCGUCUUUAGCAAAAUCUUGCACGUUCGCCAUCUUCACAUUGUUGACUACCGCAAUGUGACGUGCCAGGACCCACCGCAGCUGGCCGGGGCUUCGCUGGCUUGGGUGGACAGCCAGCUCUGCAUCGCAGAGACCGCCACCGUACUCGUUAUCACUGUCACCGUGCUGGUCACUGUGGUGGCGGCUUUGGUGAUGGCAGAAAGGAACAGGAAGAGGAACCAUGGAAAGAAAUGGGAAACAGAGUCACAGAGCCCCCCGUCCUGAGAGCCUGUAUUAAACCAGUGAGAGGAGGAGGGGACCUGACAGUAUGGAAACACUGAGACUGAAGCGUGAACUCCCAGCCUCCUGUUGUGAAAAACAGGCCUGCAGCAUGAAGCACGAAGAUGGCUGCCUCAAAAGGAUGAUUACUGAAAUGUACUAAUUUCCUUUUUUUUUUUUUUUUGAAAUUUAAAGACAUGUACUAUAUGUCUGGAAAAUCUGAAGGCAUGUGGUUUGAGUUUUUGCAUUUUCUUUUUUCAGUUUAAGCAAUAGUUCCCGUACCUUAAUGCCCCUAUGUGUAGAAUUUCUUUGUUUUUCUUUGUAGAAAAAAAUAGAGCAAUGCAAGUGAAAAGUGGUGCAACCUAUGUGUUGUUUUCAGUCUGUUUUGAUACCACCACCAGGAGUCACCAAAGUCACAAAUUUAAAUAGCUAUGGAGGUUGUUGUUGACGACCACGUGAUUAAUGAGCUCAGACUAAAUUCACAGUCACUAACAGGUCAGAAUCUCUUAUUUAGUCUAAUUUACAGUGCUUUGUUAUGCAUGACAAGGAGCUGAAUUGUUACAAUAUGAUUAUCAGAAAAAAACAAAAUUAUCACACUGGCUAACUAUUGUAAGUUACUGCAUGUGCUCCAACCAACUUUAUUGUCUUGUGAGAAGUCAGGGUUAAAUGAUAUACCAUAUUUUCUCUAAUAGUGACUGGGGCCUUUAUUUACCUCAACUGCAGGGGGUACCAGGCCUUUAUUGGAAGCAGGCUUAUAUUAGAGAGAGGCCUUUAUUCCUAAUUCCCUUGUUUGAUAAGUACAUUUGCUCAUAUUUUAGUACGAAGCCUCCCUGUUUUCUGAUCUGCUUCCAUUUGCUCUGUUAAAUUUUUGUUACUGCAUUAUGCUAUUAAUAAAAGCCUUCAUUUCCCAACUUUUAUUGUGAGACAUUACACAAACAUUUCAAUUUAACUUGUGUGAAGUAUGACCGGUCAAGUACCGGAGGGGAAAUAUGGCCAGUGUCAGUUAAAAACUAAACAACUCUGAGGUAACGUUACGCUGGAUAUAUACAUUAAUAGCCAGUUUACAGCACAGUGAAAUAUCAAUCAGCUGUCUCUCUAACGUUAGCUCCAAGCUAACUUUCUUCCUCCCACCUCCAGCUAGCCGUGCUCUCCUCUUGUCAGCUAACAGCAGCUCAUGCUUCUGUUUUUUCCAGUAUCUGAUUCUUUUCGGGUCAGUGUCAAAAUCUCUCGCAGCUUUCGCUCCUUAA